AUGGCGUGUUCUGGCAAGGGCGACACCUGCACGCGUUUCAACGAGGCGGAGAAGCCGGCAGGCUCUCCCUCACAGGCUGCUUCAACUACGAAGUACAAGCGGAACAAGAACAACGCCCACACCAUCAAAAACUUCAAAGCCCGACUGCUUGCCCAUGUCCGAGUCCUCUCACUGGGCUCGCACCACAGCUGUGUGUGUCACACAUACGACAGGCGCAUCGGCGACCUCCUCUGCAACGUUGACACGCUGCGCAUAGUACCACAACCCGCGUCGGGGUACCAGCUGAAGCCUCUGUGCGACGGCGGCGACGCUUGUCUCCUUUUCAAGCACCUCAAGCCACGCAAGCUUGUCCUGCGCAAUCUGGACAGCUCGCCCUACCACAUCAACUCCUGGCCCGGCAACCUCUGGAACCUGGGCUGUCUCGAAGAGGUGGUCGUGGUCAUCCCCACCAACGGAGCGAUGAGCAGCAGCGGCGCACCGAGCCUUACUGGCACAUACUUUGCCGCAGCGGACCGCGUCAGCUUCAUCUUCAGUAACAAGUGGGAGGUGUGGCACCAUCCUGCCGCCGUCGGCCCUCGCCAAAAAUCAACGCGCCCCACCUUCCGCCCCUCCCUCAUCGUUGAGAUUGUCGGCUCUUGGGCGAAGCACCCGCUCAAGACGUACACAAUGUUCGGGCUGGAGCGUGUGGUCUUCGUGGCCGAUAUCCUCGUGAACAGCUUUCUGAAAUACCACCCCCACCUGCUCCACCUCAGUCGCAUCCGCCAGCUUGUCAAGAAUCAGAUUCGGAGCUGUUUCAUCGAGACUGCCAUUGCUAGGGGUGGAAAAAGGAGUGUCAUCUGGAAGUCGUAUAUCAAGUACAAGACCGUCGACCAGUACGCCGCCCUUCCAGAAGUCGAGCGCCGCCACGAGCUCGACGACGGCCUGUCGUUACCUUCCCCUGCCGAGGGCCAGCCGUUGGCGACGGCCUCAUAUGGAUGGCUCCCCAAGUACAUGCACGAGGCCGCUGGUCGGGCGCUCUACCAUACCGUCCGGGUUGACAAGAACAAUCUUGCGGGCUUCUUCCUCGGCGCACUUGUUGGCACCAGGCCUGAGGACUCCGAGUGCAAGGGGGGGAAGUGCAAGCGCUUCGCCGACCGCAUAAAGCCCGUCGCCAAGGUUCACGAGAUCUCGAGCGGAGUCAAGAAGAUCUCCCAGAAGAGCAAGGUCGCCAACUUCAAGGCACCACUGCUCCUGCACGUCCGUGUGCUCUCUCUGGGCUCCCACCAUACCUGCGUUUGUCACCUGUACGGCGAGCACGUUUCCGCGCUCCUUACCAAUGUCGACACUCUUCGUAUUGUCCCUGCGCCCAAGUCGGCCUACAAGCUCAAGCCCCUCUGUGAUGACUCCGACGCGUGUCUACUUUUCGAGCACCUCGCUCCCCGCAAGCUCGUCCUCCGGAACCUCGACGACACGGACAGCUACGAGUCCUGCUGGCCGUACAACGACAAGUGGAACAGCAGCCGCCUCAAGGAGGUUGUCUGGGUCAUGCCGAUGGAGGGGAAGGUGUACGGCGAUUGUGGACUCAUGGGGACGGGCGAGUACUUCACCAGCGCCGCCAACGUCAAGAUCCUCUGCAACGACCAUUGGGAGGUGUGGCACCCGCCGGCCAACGCCGCCGGGCUCAACCCACGCAAGACGAGCACAUGCACCCCGGUCACCCCUCACCAAGUUGUCGCCCCAAUCAGACUCUGGGCGACAUUCACCAAUGUCAACUAUACCCUCUUCGGCCUCGAGGCGGUGCAAUUCAAGACCGGGGUCGACGACCUCGUGCGCACGUUUAAGCGCCACUUUCCCACCGUCAAGCUCGACAGCAACAGGCUCCGCCAACUCGUGAAGGACGAACUCCGGACCAGCGCCCUUGAGGUGGCCCUUAUGGAGGGUGUGUACGAGGACCCCGGUUACCCGGACAGUAUUGUGUACAAGACUUUGGAGGAGUAUGCUGCCCUUCCCGAGUCGGGGCGCCAGUACGAGCUCGACGACGGCCUUAUGGCGCGCUUCCCAUAG